AGUAUUCAUCUAACCUGAGCUCCACCUAUGCAAGCACACACACACACAUUAUGCAAAGCUUGCACCAUGCUUGGCAUACGUGCUCGAAUGUCAAGCUUUACUCUUCAGCAGUCUGCUGGUAGCACAGAUGAAGGUCACCUUUCUACAGCUAGCUCUUUGAAACUUCUUGCUCGUCUGCUCAAGCCAGUUAGUCCAGCAAUAAUUAAUAGAAUUCUUUGCAUUCCUAAAGUCGAUUGCCCUGACGUGAAAGUAUGAUAAAGAACUUAGACUUGUGGAGUCUGCUGUGUGACAUGCAGCUGAUCGGGAAGCUAACAGUCUCUGCUGCAGCUUUGGUGCUGAUUACUUUGGCUUAUAAGUACUACAGUGCCAAAAAAAGAACUACAAGGAAAGCAAAGGGAUAUGGAAGCAAUGGGUCUGAGGCAACACUUCAUCUGGAAGAGAAGAAAAAGAUUAAAGAAGUUAAUGCUCAGUACCGAGAUAAAGUAACUGAAAAACACCCUUGCAAAGAUUAUGGCACUGAAGUGAGGCAACGGCAUAUGGUCUGCAAUUCAACAGACAAGAGAUGUGAUGAUGUCACUGCAAAUAGCAAUGUAUUUGGAAAUGAACUGCUAGAUUGUCACAACCAUAUUAAAUGGAGCAAUGUGCAUGAACAUGGACAAGAAAUAUUGUUGGGUCAGCAAGAAAGUAUAGAUAUACGUAAGCUAAAAUUUUUAGAAGCUGAUUUAAUACAGAGCACUGAUUUUCAGCUUGUUUCUCAAAGUUCUUCACAACAGAUGCACCAGACAGCUGAAGAAAGUAAGGAAGAUAUACACAGUGAGCUGAAUUUGCACAGAAAUGGAGAAGACAUUUCCUUGGGUCAGCAGGAAAGUAUAGACAUACGCAUGCUAAAAUUUUUGGAAGCAGACUUAGUACAAAGCACUGACUUUAUCACUCAGAAUUCCACUCAGCAGGUACACCAGAUUGCUGAAGAUAUUCAUGAUGACCUGAGUUUACAUGGAAUUGGACAAGAAACUUCACUGGGGCAACAGGAAAGCAUAAAUAUACAUAAGUUAAAAUUUCUAGAAGCAGAUUUACUACAGAGCUCUGAUCUUAUCACUCAGAAUUCUCAGCAGGUGAAUCAGACAGCUGAAAAAAGAAAGCAAGAUGUUCAUGAUAAGCUGAAUGUAUGUGGAAAUGUACAAGAAAUCUCUCAGAGUCAGCAGGAAGAUAUAGAUAUACACAAGUUAAAAUUUUUAAAAGCAGAUUUAAUACUGAACACUGAUUUUAUCAGCCAGAGCUCUCCUCAGCAGGCAGACCAAACAGCUAAAGAAAGGAAGGAAGAUAUUUUUGGUAAGCUGAAUGUUACAAAUGUGUAUGACUCUGAUACAUACAAAGAGGCUGAGUCUCAAAAUAAUCAUAUUAGUAGUAGGCAUGGGGGCCAUAUUAGUAAACCUUAUGAUUAUGCUGUUUCUAAUAAAAGUAAAAAUAUGUAUGAUUUAGACAAUGCAGCUCAUAAUUCAGAGCUACUGGCAUAUAAUCAAAUGCAGCCCCCUCCAAAAGCCCCAGUGAAUGAUACCCCUAACCAAAUAACUAUUCAAGAGGAUGAUAAAGAAACACCCCAGCUGGAUCUAUCAGAAGACAUGAAAGAGGCAGAAGUUGUUGAAAGCAGAAAUAAACCAGCGAAAGACAGUUCUGGGAUUGGUUUGACACUGAAUCAAAAAAUCCAGAAGCCAGGAUCUGUAUCGACUUUUUCAUCCGUAGCUGAAGUUCAAGUUGAAGAAAGUUACAUUAGUGACAAGGACAACAAAAGCACAGAUGAUUCAAAAUUGCAAUCUAAAAAGUGUAUCAUAUAUGAUUAUUAUGUGGAAUCGGCCUCACAGACUUUGGAAAAAGACAAAUCGUAUAUGUAUGAGAUACAGAAUCCUAACGCAUCUGUUACUCAUUAUACUGUCAUUGAAGAAAUCUAUAAACUAAAAGCUCCCUCACAUGAGGAUGAGAACCCAGAGGUUAAGAAUGCAACAGCCAGCAUAACAAGUGACUCUGAUUCCUUAGGGAUUGCAUCUGUAUGCAUUAACUCUACUGUUACUAGUGAACCUUCUUCUGGAGAACAUCUACUACAUGACUUGGAGAUAAAUAGUGGCCCAGAAGUCCCAAGUGCUCCUGAAGCUCCACUAAGUGAAAUCAACAGUAUACAGAAGAAUCAGCUUCCAUUUGAAAGAAAGGGCAGUUUUUAUGAGAUAGUUGAUAACCCUGAGCUCCAGCUAAGUAUGGAUAACUUCCAACCUUUCUUAAAGGAAAACGAUGCAGUUUUAUCGGACACGUACUCAGAAAGGAGUACCACUCCUAGACCUAAUUCAGCCAGUCCUACAAUAAAGCCACUGCAUUCUUCUCAAUCUGAUAGCAAGAAGGAAGCUAAUGUAGAAAUAGUGGCUGGAGCCAACUUUUUGCAGAUGCCUAUGAUUCCUGACUCAUGCGAGGAUAUCACAAAGUGCAAACUGGAUCUAGGGAAUUGUUAUGAUGUAUUGUGCAUGGCCAAACAUCGCAGACUUGAUGAUGUUCAGGAAGCAGUUUACAAGGUUAUGAGUGACAACUACUUGCAAGUGUUAAAAGACCCAUCCAUUUAUGGAAAUCUUAAAGCUUCUGAAAGGGACUUGAUACUAGAAAUGAGAAUGAAAGGAAAAAAGUACUUGUCAGUAGCAGACAUAGACAUCCAGGACCUAAUGCAGGCAGGUCCUCUGAAUCUCCCUAAACUAGAUAGCCCAAGUAUGGAUAUGAUGUCUGUAACAAACACCAACAACUUCAGCAAGUUAUGCUACUAUGAUGACCAAAGCAAUACUUGGCAUUUUCUGACAAGUAUUCCAAAAGAAGCAGUGUCCAAUGGGUGUGCGAUAUGUACCAUGUUCAACUACCUUUUCAUUGUGGCUGGAUGCCAGGGUUUGGGUAAAGACUCAAAACCUACUAACAGAUUCUUUUGCUACAAUCCAGUGACAGAUAUAUGGAGGGAAAUAUGUCCACUGAAUCAAGCACGCCCACAAUGCAGGCUCGUAGCUCUUGAUGGAUACAUCUAUGCAAUUGGUGGGGAGUGCCUUAGUACAGUAGAGAAGUAUGAUCCAAAGACUGACAGAUGGUCCUUUGUUGCCCCUUUACCUAAUGAUAUUUUUGCAGUUGGUCAUUUCUCAACAGUGAGUAAUGGGGAGAUAUACGUGUCAGGAGGCACCUUGAAACACAUAGUACUAAGGUAUAAUCCAAAAACAGAUACUUGGAAAGAAAGUUCUGCUUGUGGAACAAAAGACAGAACAACUGAUCUUAUAGCUGUAAAGCACUUCAUCUACCGUUUUGACCUUAACAGGAGUAUGGGCAUCAGUGCAUAUCGCUGCAGUUCAUCUGCCAGGCUUUGGUAUGAAUGUUCUGUUCUUCGGACACCAUAUCCUGGGCCUUUCCAGUGCACAGUGGUUGACAAUAUAAUCUGUUGUGUCAGCAGGCAGUUUCAUAAGUGGUUCCUUGCAGAUGAGAUCUACCCCAGAUUUCUGCAAAAUGACUUGAAACUUUUCCCUUCUCCUAAGGGAUCACUGUUUCCCUCAACACUUGUACUACCAGAUAAAGAUACUCACCAAACACGAGUGUAAGUAUUAAGAAGAGACACUUUUUUCUACAAAGGUUGAGUCCUGCUUCAUCUUCUGUAAAUGUAACAAGGAGACAGACCACAGUCCAUGAUUUUACAUCCACCAGCUUCUACUUCACUCAGUGGAUCAUUAUAUCCUGAAACAACAAAUGUGGAUCGUAGAACACACAAUAAAGCCAUGUGUUAUAUUUUGUUUGAAAACUCUCACAAUUUGGAAUAUGACACCAUACAUCAUUUUUGAUUUGUAAAGUUAAGAGGCCAACCCAAAUACUGAGGCAGCAAGUUAAAAACAAAGAAGGUACAAAAUAGACAUUUCUUAUAAAUUCAAGGUAUAUUUCCAGUGUCUGAAAGGAAAAGCAGGUAUGCUAAUCUUAGGAAUACUACUUGGAGACUAAUGUUAUUCUGUCCCUGAAGGCUUCAGACUUGUUAAACCUAUUACACAGCACAUAUGUGUCAGACUCUUGUGAAAUUUUGGACUGAUAUUUUUGUUUUUUAACAUCCAGUGUCCUUAGAUUGCAUGGAAAAGAUUAAUGCUGCAGAGGUGAACCUGCAACACAAAAUGGUUCAUCUGAUAUAUGUUUAGGCAUGAUGAUUGCAUACUGAAGGUACAGUAACACGUCUUUCAACAUGUUUGCAAAAUGAUUAUUUAUCUGCCACUUAUUAUGUGAGUGACUACAGAUUAUGUAAUUCUUACCCUUAAAGCACAGUUUACGUAUUGCGUAUUCUCUGACAAUAUGAAGUUACCUGAUUGGACACUAUGCAUAUAGCAUUCUAAACUAUCACGAUGCAGUAUGUUUCUCAUAUUAAAAAUGCUCUAAGAUUUCAUAAACAUCUCUCUAUCUCCA